GUGCGGUAUGCGUAUGAAUUUUCGGAUCUAUUUUAGUCUAUUGUUUAACAAUAGAAUAAACUAGUUAUGCAAAUUAGUAAGGUAUAUAAUAGAUAGAAAACGGGUUUUUAAGUUUAUCGAAGGCUGGGCGGUGACCACUCGACUUGCAGACAAUUUUUCAAGAUGUCCGAUUCAGAGCUAGACCUCGAUGAUAGAGAAUUAACCAAGUCUCCUGACAAGUCAAUUGAAGCUUUACGUUCUGCUGCUGAACCAACAAAGAGAAAAGGUAAUUCAGAGCAAGAUAGGGCACCUGAAGUUUCAAACGCAGAUUUGUUUUCUUUGAUGACAACUUAUUUCAAUAAUAAACUUUCCGGUAUAGAGAAGAAUUUCUCAGAUACUACAGAGACGUUAGUAAAGAGAGCAAAGAAGGCAGAGAAUACCUUUAAAUUUAAGGGGAAUCAGUUACAAUUUGAGCUUAACUCUGACAUUCAAGACAGUAUAAGCACGGCAAUAGGCUACAUUGAGAAGAAUCGACCUAAAAAGGCAGUUAGGGUUUUAGAAGAUUCGUCUGUCCAGCUCAAGAAGAGAAAUAAAUUAAUUAGAAUCGCGGAUAAGUCCGAGGGCGGUUGGAGAACGGUGAAUGAAUACCUUUCAGAUGAAGUGGCCAGUGACUCGGAAGACGAGAAAAGAAUACGCGCCGCAGGUAACAGGGCAGUUGAAAAGAUCAAAGCAGAGAAAACAGAUAAACGCAGCAGUAGAAAGCGUCCGGCAGAAGCAUCUGGUUCAACAGCUCAAAUGGCACAUAAUGGUACAGGUGGUUCUGAUGCUACAUUUCGCCUGCAGCCCUUUCGAGGGGGCUUGGCCGCCAGCGGCCAAAGUUUCGGCAACCAAAAUAGCUUCAAGACCUCAGACGUCUGUUACAACUGUGGCAUGCAAGGGCACUGGGCAAGAGACUGCAGGAAGGGAAAGGCAAGGACAGGACCUUCCAGAGGAUCUUCUUCUUAAAGAUCAUAACAGUGACAUUUUCAAGGUACAAGAUUAUGAUAUUGUUGAAACAUUUUAUGAAUAUGAAAAUUGUAAUUCUGAUAUUUAUGUUAAAGGUCGUUUGAAAAAAUCUAUUAACUUUUGGAAACAAAUUAAUGCUUCAGAUUUCAUUUUGAAUGUUAUUACAGAUGGUUACAAAAUUCUUUUGCUUAACGAGCCUGAAGAAAUAUUCUUAAGAAAUAACAAAUCAGCAUUUGAUAACAAUGAAUUUGUCUCGAAAGCUAUUUUAGAUUUAAUGAAAGGGGGCUUGAUACGAGAGGUAUCGAGUAGACCGCACGUGGUUAAUCCUUUGACCGUCUCGACUGCGAAAAAUAAACACAGGUUAAUUUUAGAUUUACGACAUGUAAACAAACAGGUAGUCGAUAGCAAGAUUAAAUUUGAAGAUUGGAAAGUAGUUAAACAGUAUUUAUCUUCUAAUUGUUUCGGAUUCGUUUUUGAUAAGAAAUCAGGAUAUCAUCAUAUUGAUAUUUUUAACGAACAUCAGAAAUAUUUAGGUUUCUCCUGGAAAUUAGGAGGUGUAACAAAGUUUUUCGUUUUUACUGUACUUCCUUUUGGUUUGAAAUCUAGCGGAUAUAUCUUUACUAAAGUAGUUAGACCUUUAGUAAAACAUUGGCGAAAGAAAGGAAUCAAAGUCGUUGUUUAUUUAGAUGACGGGUUCGGUUUAGCCGAUAAUGAAAACACAUGUAAAAUGCAUUCUGAUAUAGUAAAGUCAGAUCUUAUAUCAUCGGGGUUCGUACCAAACAGAGAUAAAUGUCACUGGACACCAACACAAACAUUAGAGUGGUUAGGUUUUAUAUGGAAUUUAGACAUAUGUAAACUAGAUAUACCAGAUAGAAAAAAGAAUGAUUUAAUUGACUUAGUUAAUGUUAUACUUAACAGUUCCUGCAAAGUGAAAGUAAGAUUGUUAGCAAAAGCAGCUGGUAAAAUCAUUUCUUUUACGCCUGCUUUAGGUCACAUUACACAGAUCAUGUCGAGAGGUUUGUUUGAAGUUAUAAAUUUAAGACAAGAUUGGAACCAAUCUAUUAAUAUAAAUCAUUGUAACGCUUGUAUCAGAGAUCUGAUAUUUUGGAGAGAUAGCAUUUGUAAGUUAGAACCAGUUUCUUUGUUAGGAUUGGAUUCUGAAUUUUACAUAUUUACAGAUGCAAGCAAUACAGGGGCUGCUGGAUAUAUUGAUAAUCUAAAACAGAUUAUGCAUAAAUCUUGGUCUGACGAUGAGAAAUUAAAGAGCUCCACUUGGAGGGAAGUCAAAGCAAUAGAGUUGUCUAUAUUAAGUUUUGCACGUUUGCUUAAACAUUGCACGGUAUCGUUUUAUACAGAUAAUCAAAACGCUGUAACAAUAGUUCACAAGGGUAGUAAAGUACCAGAAUUACAGUCUUUAGCUUUAUCAAUAUACGAUUGUUGUCGUAAAAAUGAUAUUACUAUUUUUGUUAACUGGAUUCCAAGGGAACAGAAUGAACAAGCAGACAUGCUAAGUAGAAUUGUCGAUAUUAACGACUGGCGUAUUUCAGAUGAAUUUUUCACAUUCUUGAAUGAUUUAUGGGGUCCAUUUUCAGUGGAUAGGUUUGCUAGCUUUGAAAAUACGAAAUUACAAAAGUUUAAUUCUUUGUAUUGGAACCCAGGUUCUUUAUGCGUCGACGCUUUCACGUGCGACUGGUCCGGUGGGAACAACUGGCUAGUACCUCCAGUAACUGAGGUUAGCAGAGUUAUAAAUCAUUUAGUAAAAUGUAAAGCUAAAGGAACUUUGAUAGUUCCGAAUUGGCCUUCAUCGCCAUUUUGGCCGUUGAUUUUUGACACUGGUCUAAAAUAUAGAAAGUACAUAAUUGAUGUGCUUCAGUUCAACGAACCAGAGAGAAUUUUCGAAUCUGGAAAUAAUUUGAACUCUGUUUUUGUGAGAGUAGAUUUCAAAGGAUCUGUAUUAGCUGUUUUGUUAGACGCUUCAUAUUGUUAAUAUUAAGUCUUUUUAUUUACAGAAUUGUUUUUACUAUAUGAAUAUUGAUGUAAUAUGUGUGUGUUGGAAGUCACUGGACGUUAUACUCUUUGGUCACUGGACUAAAUCUUUUAGUAAUACUGUAUGGUCACUGGACCUGAUUGAUAUGCUUUGAUUCAGAUUUGAUAUGAUGAAGUGUUUACGCAGAGAUGUUUAGGACAUUAUUGUUUGAUGAAAUGAACUGAAAAGACAUUUAUAGAAAAUUGAUUACUAGUAGAUUGUGAAUUAUGAUGAAUAAAUAGAAAUGGUCACCGUGCCUGUUAGUAUCAGAACUAUUCUUGUCUUAUUUAUAUACAUAUAUACAAUAUGAGUUAGUUAAGAACAGAAAUUAGAAGCAGAGUUGUACAAGAAAA